UAUUAUUAUAAUUUACACUGUAUGCUGUAUUGUAUUAGUGUAUUGUGUAUUUGCGUUUGUGUACACACUAUACUGUUUAGGUUUAGUGCUCACUGCCACACCGCAGUACCUACUCUAGCACAAAAAUCGGCAGCAGAUUUCUAAAAUUUUAAGGAGCUCGCUAAAGAUAAAUUCGUUUCAUAAGUUCGACAUGUUAUUUAACAGUUACUCGAUUUUACAGUUUUAAGAUCUUAUCUAUUAUUAUUUAUUACAUUAAUUUUUAAAGCAAUAAGUUAUUCAUCAUGUCGGGAAAAGACAAAUUGCCAAUAUUUCCAUCUCGUGGUGCUCAAACAAUGAUGAAAGGGCGUCUUAUGGGAGCACAAAAAGGUCAUAGUUUGUUAAAAAAAAAAGCCGAUGCUUUACAAAUGAGAUUUCGUUUGAUUCUUGGUAAAAUUAUUCAGACAAAGACAUUGAUGGGUGAAGUAAUGAAAGAAGCAGCAUUUUCUUUGGCCGAAGCUAAAUUUACUACUGGUGAUUUUAAUCAAGUUGUCUUGCAAAAUGUAACGAAAGCUCAAAUUAAAAUACGUACCAAAAAAGAUAACGUUGCUGGUGUGACAUUGCCUGUUUUUGAAAGUUACCAGGAUGGUACAGACACUUAUGAAUUAGCGGGUUUGGCUAGAGGGGGUCAACAGUUGGCCAAACUUAAAAAAAAUUAUCAAACUGCAAUUAAACUCUUGGUUGAAUUAGCAUCAUUGCAAACAUCUUUUGUUACACUAGAUGAUGUUAUUAAAAUAACAAAUAGAAGAGUCAAUGCUAUUGAACAUGUUAUCAUACCCAGGAUUGAGAAAACACUUGCGUAUAUUAUUUCUGAGCUUGACGAAUUAGAACGAGAAGAAUUUUACAGAUUAAAGAAGAUUCAAGAUAAGAAGAAAAUUGCCAAUAAGAAGAAAGAACAACUUAAGAAAGACAUGAAAGAAGCUGAGUAUGGUAACAUGUUGGAUGAAGGAGAUGAAGAUUUGUUAUUUUAAUUGAAAUAAUAUUAAAUAUAUUUUGCUUUUAAUAUAUAAUAUGAAUUAGACACUCUUCAAGGAUAUUAAAUAAUUAUUUAAAUUAUUAUAAAAAUAACUGUACUUCAAACUCUUAUAGUAAUUAAUAUAAAAUCAAAUGAAUGUUUACAUUA